AUGCAGACGGCACUGACAACUGCGGUGGUAUUAUCCAAGCAAAAUUAUCGGAAGUUGACCGAGGUUCUGGCAGGCAGGAUGAACGCUAAAUGUGAUAGACUGAAUUCUGUCUUGCUCUCUGAUGAUGGUGAUAUUGCCUCAGUAAAGAACAGAGUUCCAGUGUACCAGCUUUUACUGGAAGUAGUAUGGGUAGUCCGUAACUACCUAGGGAAGUCGCAGCCAACCCAUGGACCUGCUGCAGUGAUGAAGAUUCUGCCCGAUCUAGCUGCUUGGAGUGAUAAUAUGGAGUCGGGCGUAGUUCAGAGAGCUGUCCAAACAGUGUGGCCAGGGCAAGAAAAUGACGACAAGUGGUUAAAUAAACAAACCUCAAGUGUUCCGCUAGCAUUACCUGCAGAUGCCGGCAUAACCAGCUCAGAGUUAGCAAUCUUACAUUCACUAGCGAUGGGAGGAGUGACCUUGUCACUGAAAGGUUAUUUUAUUGCAAGCCUGCCAGAUAUGCAACCCCUUGUGAACAGCCUCACAUACCUCAAUCUGUCAUUCAAUGAUCUUCAGGAGAUUCCAGCUGAAGUUAUGCGGUGUCUUCAACUGCAAGUACUAAAACUGAGGAAUAACCCCAUCAACGCAAUUCCCACAGAGCUGUGUCAGUUGCAGCAGUUGCACACACUGAUAGUGUCCUUCUGCCUGGUGUCAACACUGCCACAGAGUAAACACACUUAG